CUAACUUAAACUAGCGAACCACCAGAGGCAUAUUUAGCCUCUCGUUUGUACUGAAAUAUAAUACUUUAGAGAUUGUAAAAGUACAUUUAGAUAAAGCGAAGUAAUACAAGUUGUUUGUGGGAACAUUUUAGUGGAAUAACAACGCGUUUCGAGCUGAGUUUAUGUUAAACGUGACCGCUGGUGUAACGAGGAUUUGUGUUUACCGGAAGCAGAAUGUGCUAACGUGAAGAUGCCUUCUUUUGAGUUGUUGAAUAAUGUGGAGCUUUUUGUGAAACAUGGAAAGUUUCCUGCAGACGCUACAAAGAGCUGCAAGCAAGUCACCAAAGCUGCCAGCAAGAAGUUCAUCUUUAAAGAUGGUUUUCUGUGGCGUCAUUACAGGGGACGCCUGCUCCGAGUUGUAAAAAGUGACGAGGAGGUGAAGGAAAUUAUGAUCCGUUUCCACGACAACAACAACCACGUCGGUAGGAUUAAAGUAGUGAAGGAGAUAAUGCUGAUGUUUUACUGGGUUGGAGUGACGGAGGUCGCGAAGGCCUGGAUCAAUAAGUGUGAAGUUUGUCAGAACCGAGUUCUUCCAGAAACCAAAAAACCCUCGGUCCAGUUCUGCUUUGUCUACGGCUGCGAAUCCUCCAGCUCCAUCUACCCCGAACUCAGCUUCCACAGGUUUCCAGAAGAUAAAGAGAUCCGGCAGAGAUGGUUGUCGGUGGCUCAGAGAGAUGAAAACUCUCUGAGAUCAAACUCUUUUCUCUGCUCCAAACACUUUGAGCCGUCUUGCUUCACUCUGAGCAACGAGGUUCAGCUGACUCUAUCACCUGACGCCGUGCCGACCAUCAUCCCAGAGACAGAGCAGGAGGACCAGGUCCCUGUCCCCUCAGAGGAGGACUUCCUGUUCUCUAACAGCCUGGAAGACCUCUUCUCCAAAAUCUCUUCUCCUCCUUCCGCCAUGGAGCUCCAGGAGCAUCAGUACUGCCUCCAGGACCCAGAACCCACAGAGACCCACAAAGACAUGGAGCAGAAGAGGAGGUUCCUCAAUGAGUCCAGCUUCAAGGUGUUCAACCACAUCGCCAGGUAUCUGAGCCACAGAGUCUUACCGAUGCAAAACAGGAAAGGCAUUAGUAGUUUGAAAAGGAUGACCAACCGCUUUGCGCUAAAAGACGGUGUGCUGAUGUACACUAUAGUCUCUCCUCCUGUCAGAGUGCUACGCAGCAGAGAAGAGGUAAACUCGAUCUUGCGUCAGUUCCACGACGACCCAGGAUCACUCUGCGCUGGUUUUCUGCCAGAGAGAGAUCACGAAGCGGUUUCUUCUGGGCCAGAAUGACCCGGGACUUGGCCCGCCUGAUGAUCUCUGCGUCAGACCUGCAUGGAACAGAACCAAGAGGGAGGUGGCUCCGCUGCAGCAUGAGGAGCUGCACCAACAGCUGUGGGCCGGUGGAGAGAGGCCUGGGGCUCACCUUCCACAAGUUUCCUCUGGACGAACACCUCUUCUUCAUCAGUGGAGAAGGCGGUCGGUUCGUCCCAACUGGUUUCCUCGUCUCGGAUCGUCCGUUUGUUCGUCCCAUUUCAGCGAGGAUGCUUCGAUCGCAGCGGGAGAUAGUGACGGUCCGAUCAGACGCCGUGCCGACACUCAUGGUUGCACGGAAACCAAGAGACUCCACUCACAGGACCGACCCAGCCUGCAGUGGAUGAGACUUAUUUCUCUAAGUACGACGCGGUGGAGCUUUACCUGAUUAAACGCACUUAUCCUCCUGGACUGAGCUACGUGGAGAAAAACACCUUCAGGAGGUUCUGCAAGAGGUACUGCAUCAAAGGUGAUUCUCUGCACACAGAGAGAGGAAACCGGCUGUGUUUGGUCCUCAGGAGCCGGAAGAAAGUGGAAGAAGCUCUGCUGGAUUUUCACGACGAGUUGAACCACCUCAACGUCAACAAGUGUCUCCGACUGCUCAACGAAAGGUACUUCUGGAAAACCAUGAGGCCUGAUGUGGUUCAGUGGAUCAACAAAUGCUCAGAGUGCAGUAGGAAGACCAAGAAGAAGAAGAAACAAGGAAGACCACCAACAGGAACAUUUCAAUCUCCUCUGCAGACGCUGAGACCUCCACACACUCCUGAGGAUUCAGACAG